GUUUUAUUUCGAAUUUUGUAAGUUUUAAAAGUUUCGCAGGGCUUUUUCAACAGAACGGAAUUGUUCCGCCGUACUAAGAUUUUUCUGUUAGGAAGAUUUUCUUAGGGCGGAUACGAGUCGCCAACAAUCAGCCAUGUCAUCUAUGAUAACGACGUCUACGUGGGUGCCGCGAGGCUUCGCGGCGCCGUUCCCCGCCAAGUACGACUUCGACGAGGCCGAAUUUGAGAGGAUCGCCAACCUCGCGAAGCUACAAUUAGACGACGCGGAUGAGGACGUCCUGGAGGCGCAAGAAGAAGGAAAUGAUGAUGAUGAUGACGAUGAGGCAAGCGACGGCGGCGAAGAUGAAAAAAAUACAACUGACCAAAAUCACAAGUCUUCGGCGCCUAAGGAAGAAGCAGAGGUAGAGGACAUUGACAUAGAUGAUGCGGACCUUAAGGAAUACGACUUGGAACACUAUGACGAUGACGAGGAGGACGCCGAGGGCCAGAGAAUGGACAUGUUUGGAAACAUCAAAUCUCUGGCGUAUUACGAAUCGAAUAAAGACGAUCCUUAUAUCACAUUACCCGACGGACAAGACGAGGAUGACGAAGACAGGGAAGAGCUACAAAUCCUAGCCACGGACAAUCUGUUACUGGCCGCCAAGGUAGAAGACGAGCUUGCGCAGCUCGAGGUGUAUGUAUACGAAGACGAAGCCGACAACCUCUACGUCCAUCACGACAUCAUGCUUCCUGCGAUACCCCUUUGUGUAGAAUGGCUGAACAUUCCUGUGUCGAAGAAGAACGUGGAGAAGGAUUCGGUAGCCAACUUCGUCGCCAUAGGAACAAUGGAUCCCGAUAUCGAAAUCUGGGAUCUGGAUACUAUAGAUUGCAUCUACCCGAACGCAAUCUUGGGCCAAGGAAGCAAUCCGCAGGAAGAGGAAAAGAAGAAAAAGAAGAAGAAGAAAUCCAAGAAGGCCAACGAUGAAUACCACGUUGACGCAGUUCUGUCUCUCGCUGCCAACAGGAAACACCGGAAUCUCUUAGCUUCUGCUUCGGCCGAUAAGACCGUUAAGCUAUGGGAUUUGCACACGACGAAAUGCGCGAAGUCCUACACAUACCACACAGACAAAGUUUGUUCGCUGGCGUGGCAUUCUGUUGAAUCCACGGUGUUGUUAAGUGGAAGCUACGAUCGAACUAUUGUUGCGGCGGAUAUGCGAGCUCCCGAGGCCAAAGUUCCGCGAUGGGGAGUAGAGAGUGACGUUGAGAACGUUAGAUGGGAUCCCCAUGACCCCAACUUCUUCUACGUGUCUACCGAGAACGGAAUUAUACAUUACCACGAUAUCCGGAACGCACCGGCAAAUCCUUCUGCUACCAAGCCGGUGUGGACGUUACAAGCUCACGAUGAGUCCUUAUCGUCUUUCGACAUCAACGCGCACAUACCGGGAUUCAUGGCCACCGGCUCAACUGACAAGACUGUUAAGCUCUGGAACAUCCAGCCUACAGGGCCCUCCAUGGUCGUGGCCCGCAACCUAGACGUUGGCAAGGUAUUCUCGACAAACUUUGCCCCCGAUGCCGAGGUGGCGUUCCGUCUUGCCGUGGCGGGAAGCAAAGGAACGAUGAACGUGUGGGACACCAGCACAAACGGGGCUGUGCGACAAGCGUUCGCACACAAGAUCUCCAACAAGUCAGAUGGGGAAAUCAGGGAGAGGCUUAUUGGUGUCGAAGAGGAUGAGAGCUCCUCGGAGGGCGAGGACGGUGAGGAUGAAAACGGCGAGCCCGAAUCUAUGGAUGAGGAUUAGAUGCGGCCGGUCGGGUCUGGACCGUGAUGUUUCACGGGUAGAUACAUCUUGGUACAACGUAGAUAGGCUAGCUCCGUCGUUGCAUGACCCAGAAUUCGUUUCUAGUUUCGAGAGUUCGGUUGAACAGGGAGGGUUUAUUUAUAUUCACCUUGGCUGACGGCUGAAACAAGAAGGAAUUAGUAAUAAUCUACCUGUUUGGCUCAGCUCUUCACUACCACUGUAAUCCAAUUACUGAAAAGACAUCACCAAGA